GCUCUGGCGACUGAGAUGGCAUCCCCUCUAAAGGGCCUAGGCCCUCUCUUGGCCCUGCUGUUUUCCCUAGGCGGGCUGCUUGUACACAGCCAGAACCUCUCCUGGAGGGAAUUCAUGAAACAGCACUACCUGAGCACAAGCUGGAAAUUGAGCGACUACAAAUGCAAUGAUCUCAUGAGGGAGAGAGAAGCUCCACAAGACAGGAACUAUCACAUCUUCAUCUAUACCUUUUGGCACAAAAUCGAGCAUAUUUGCCUCAGGAAGUGGAGAGACCGUUACAGAAAUGUAUAUAUAUGGGCCCAGCAUCCCUUCAAAAUACUCAAGUGCUACCAGGAGGGUAACCAAAAGAGCUACAGGGAGCACAGCAGCUACAGCUAUAUUGAAUUCCACUGUGGUGCAAACGGGUAUGUCGAUGGCAUAGAGGACAUCCAGCUGUUAGACAUCAAAAAAUAG